AUUCAUCAGGUCACCUGCAUCUGUGGAACUUUUUGCUGUGUUGAUUAGACGCAAACACAUCCAAGCAGGCUGUGUUUUUCUCUGUAUUAAUUCUUUCUAUCAAAUUGUGAUAUCGUGAGGAAAUACUACGAUGCUGUCACUCCUGAUGAAAGCUGCCACCUUCAUGUUGAGGAAAGUUGAUGAAGACUUGGAACAGGAUAAAUAUGAAGCAGCAGAGUACAAAAAUGUGUUUGGAGGUACCGUGACCAGGUUUUGUGAUAAAUACGGUUUAGUUGACGACUCCAUCUAUUUCACAUCUAAUGAGGUGCUGGGAGGCGUGCCUUUGCAGGUGGGCCAGAAGGUGAACAUAUUGGCCCAAAAGAGCGAGCCAUCCGGGGGAUGGAAAGCAAUAAAGGUGGAGCUAGUAACUAAUCAGUGGGAUGAAGAUGGUAUCUGUACACUAUAUUCAGAUCCUUCAGACCAAAUGGAGACUCACAAGCUGAUUGGCAUGAUAACUUUGUGUACCAAUGAUGAUGGCUACAUUAAUGAAACCACUUAUUUUACCAUGGACAAUGUCUGUGAAGGUUUUCAGCCCUUUGUAGGUGACUGGAUUCAAGCACAAUAUUUUAUUGAACAGACAACGUGGAAAAGUCAAGCUUCCUCCGUGAAACCACUUAGAUAUAAAAGAAUAGACAAAGUUCCGAUAACUCGCAUACUUCAUCGAAGUGGUGUAGUGGAUGAUGCCAUAUUCUUCACUCUUGAGUCUCUCCAGUUACCCCUCAAUUAUGUUCCAAGAAAGGAUGAUGUGGUAAACCUUGUGGCUGUUGAGAGUAGUCAAUCUCUGCACCAGUGGAGAGCUAUAUGCAUUGCACCUGCAGAGAAAGAGAGUGUUCCAUUGCUGGCAAUAAACAAUAAAAAUCUUGAACAAAUUGAUGUGGAAUUAUUCUCUGACAAAGGAGGACUGGAAAUUACAAGGAGUUUUGACUUUGGUACUAUGAAGAAUGGGGAGAGGAAAGACUUGAUGGUGUGGAUUGAGAACAAAGGAAAAGAGACCCAGACCCUUCUGCGUUAUUCAGUGGCUGGAUGGGAAAGAGAAAAUCAAUUCCUUUUGGCAUCAGUGCAAAUGGUUCCAGCCACGUUCUCCAAAGACAAGCAACAACAGGGACUCUGUUGUAAUACGGCGGGGUCCCAAUUGUUGUCUCAAAACAUUGUCUCUCCUCUUCCCAGAACAAUGGUUCAGGCAGAUUCUCAUUUCCUCUCUGCAACUAUCAAUCGUACACAGGGACCAACACUUUGUGAGAUAACUUCAGGUCAAGAUCUGGCGACUGAUUCACUAAGUACUCUGGCUAAAUUGCUAAAGGACAUGCCACAAACCUCAGAGAGUAUGAGUAAUCAAAUAAAUUGUCCACCAGCUAACCAUCCUACUGAGAAGAUAAACCUGCACUUCAAUACGGAUGCAGAAAUUGGUGAAGGAGCACAGCAAAUAUCUCCUGGUGGAAAGGCCUGCAUAAACCUAACUUGUGAAGCAAAAAAUCCUGGUCGUUGCAGAGAUCUUAUCCUGUUCUAUUUUAAGAACUUUGUGAUAGGUCGCUAUGUGGUGGUGGACGUGAUCACUGAUGAGGAAACUCUCCUUGCACCAAGGUCACAGUAUUAUCCCGUACUACGCAGGCCACAUCAAACGAAUCAAAAAGAAACCAACACUACAAUAAUAACAGUGCAAUAUCCUAAAAGGCUUGUGAGAAGACACAUACCGAGCUUCCUUCCACAAUACCCCAUACCUGAGCGACUGAAGGAAUGCAUUGGUAAGGGUGCUGAUGUCCUCACCAUUGAGCCAGAUCUUGCCCAGCCUUUGAGUAUGUCAAGCUAUGUGAAUCGUUUUUCAACACUUCUGUGGCUGGAAGAAAUUAAUGCUGAGAUGGAGAUAAGAGAGUUCAACAUGAUGGCAGUAGUUUUGAAAAAGCUCGGAGACUUCCUAGCUCUAGAGGUGCCAGGGCUGGUUGAAGGAAGACCAUCUGUGGUUAUUGGUGAUCGAGUGAUAGUGAAAAGUUCUUAUGGCAUGGAAACUGAAGUGCAGUAUUUUGGCUACGUAAUCCAGGUGAACGAUGAUGAACUGGUGCUGAAAUUUAAUUCGGCAUUUAUCCAGACUUACGACAGGGAGCCUGUGGAUGUGGAAUUCACCUAUAACAGAGUUUCAGCUCGGAGAUGUCACUUUGGAGUGGAACAAGCUGUUUACCUUGGUGAAGCAGUUUUGCUCCCAGCAAAGAUUGUGCCCAAAUCGCCACAGACUGUUACCACAUGGAAUGAUAUUGAUAUGGUCAUGUUAGAAAGAAAAAACUGCUGCAAGUCUCAAGAUCAGAUGAAGAAUAAGGAUACGAAUGCAGAGUUAAGUAAUUCUUGUGCAGGUAAAGGGGACUCACCGCUGGAUACCGGAGACACAGUUGGAGAAAAUCUUGGAGCUGAACCGUCGGGCCAAAAAGAAUGUAACUUUUACAAUUCACUGCUGAAUGAACAUCAGAAGUUUGCAGUCAGACAGAUUCUCCGUGGAGAAUGCCGACCAACGCCGUACAUUGUGUUUGGGCCACCAGGCACCGGGAAAACGGUUACCAUCCUUGAAGCCAUUUUGCAGAUUCACUUUACUUUGCCAGAUAGUCGGAUCUUGGCUGCCGCUCCAUCCAACAGUGCUGCUGACCUGCUCUGCUUACGGUUACAUGAAAGUGGUUUAUUGAAGCAAGGAGACAUGGUGCGGGUUAAUGCCACCUCCAGACUGGAAGAGUAUAUUCCUGAAAUUGUCCAGCCGUACAGUAAAGAUGGAGAAGAUCUCCGGGAUGCAGCGCGAUUUAGGAUAAUAAUAAGCACAUGUAGCACAGCCGGAUUAUUCUAUCAAAUUGGAUUGAGAACUGGACACUUUACUCAUGUAUUUGUGGAUGAAGCUGGUCAAGCAAGUGAACCGGAAUGUCUCAUCCCUCUGCUGCUGGUAUCUGAGAAGGACGGACAGAUUGUGCUUGCUGGGGAUCCAAUGCAGCUGGGACCAAUAAUAAAAUCGAAAAUUGCCAAAACCUAUGGUCUGUCUAUUUCACUUUUGGAGAGACUAAUGACCCAGCCUUUGUAUUCUAGAAAUGAAACCUUGCAUGCACUUGGAUCCUACAAUCCACUUUUGGUGACAAAACUGGUGAACAAUUAUCGAUCACAUUCAUGUUUGCUUGACCUGCCUGCGAAGCUUUUCUAUCACAAUGAACUUAAGAUGUGUAUGGAUCAGUCUGUGGCCAAUACAUUUUGUAACUGGGAAAAAUUGCCAAAGAAAGGAUUUCCAAUAAUUUUUCAUGGACUGAGGGGAAAUGAAAUGAGAGAAGGUAGCAAUCCAUCAUGGUUUAACCCUAAAGAAGCAGUUCAAGUUAUGCGUUAUUGUUGUCUGCUAGUGAAACUUUGUACAAGCCCAGUGCAGCCUUCAGACAUUGGGAUCAUAACACCCUACCAAAAGCAGGUACAAAAAAUUAGAGUCCUCCUACGAAGUGUAAAUCUUGCCGAUUUAAAGGUUGGAUCUGUUGAAGAAUUUCAAGGCCAGGAGAAAAUGGUUAUAAUUGUGUCAACAGUACGGUCGAGUGAAGAAAAUCUGUCUGAGGAUAAGCGUCACAUCUUGGGAUUUCUUUCUAAUCCAAAAAGGUUUAAUGUUGCAAUCACCAGAGCUAAAGCAUUACUGAUUGUGGUUGGGAAUCCACAUAUUCUCCUUAAGGACCAAUGCUGGGGCACAUUUCUGGAAUACUGUGUUCUAAAUAAUGUAUAUGUUGGUUGCAAUCUCCCAAAUGAACUUCUAACCCAGUGAAGAAGAUGUAACAUAUCUAUUUCUGAGAGGACCUGCUGAGAAAAGGCUGCAAUUUUCAAAAUUGAAGAGAAGACUUUUGAGGAAAAUGAUGCCGUCACAUUUUGGUGUUGCUGGUUUUAAGUUGUAAAUGGAGCACACUCCCUCCUUAACUCUGAUUUCUUGAAACUUUAGGAAAAUUUGAUAAAUCCCUUUGGUUUGGCAGAAAUGUUGAAUGUAAGCUGAUGUAGUUAGCUUAAGGUUUUUUUUAUGGCAUUAAUAAUACAUCUAUUUAAAAAAGGAACUCACAAUGUGGCCUUGAUUGCAUUUUAAAAAUCUUGGAAAUCACCAAAAACUCAAUUGGAGUUGCCACAAGAGGGAGCACCGGUGCAAGACAUAGAAAACUUAAUGGUCACCUGCAAUAAAUAGUCUAACUGUAUUUUGUGUUUCAUUUCACUUUUUUAAAAUAUUUUCAUUGCAUCUGUAGCAAUAUAGAAUUAAAGGAUAAAAUACAACAUAAACAUAGCAAAGUACUCUCCAUGAAUCAUACAAAUCAAUUCCCAUAUUCUCUUUCACCUAUAAUGUCCAUCUGAAAGUCUCUUAAACACCAC